GCGUUACGGAAAAAUAAGAAAGAGCAAGAGAGAGAGAGAGAGAGAAAGAAAGAGAAGCCGGUCGAAGUGGGUUCGAGAGGUGCCUGAGAACAGCAGCAGUUAACAUGCUCACCCGGGUGAAAUCUGCUGUUGCCAAUUUCAUGGGAGGCAUCAUGGCUGGAAACGCCGGUGCCGAGCAUGUCAAUGGGACCGAGUUACCGAUGAAAUUCCCAUAUAGCAGGCCGGAAUUCCUGGGACUGUCUCAGGAUGAGAUCGAGUGCUCUGCGGAUCAUAUCGCCAGACCCAUCUUAACAUUGAGGGAGAGCAAGAGGUUGCCCUGGGGGACGGGCUAUGCGGAGGUGAUCAAUGCAGGGAAAAGUAUGCACAACGAGGACCAGGGUUCCUGCGGACUGGUGACUGUGAAGAAGAAAUCAAGCGCUCCCAUCACUCCAAGUAAGAACUCCACAGCCAAAAGGAGAUCAUCAUUACCAAACGGGGAAGGGUCACAACUUAAAGACAAUUCAGAGUCAGAGGAGAUUACUUUUAAUUACUGGGCACUGUUUGAUGGGCAUGCAGGAGCUGGUGCUGCUGUGGUGGCCUCCAAGCUCCUCCACCACAAGAUAGCAGAGCAUCUUCAAGAGGUGGCUGGUGUCCUGCGAAACUCAGCAGUGCUUCCCCCGACCUGCCUCAAUGAUGAGCCCGAAGUGGUGAGCAACGCAAGGACGUUAACCAGAGCUGCCUCGCUGCGGGGUUCGAUGGGGACCCCGGGGUCGCCAAGCAGCCCUCCAACACGGUUCUUCAUUGAGAAGAAAAUUCCUCAUGAGAGUUUGGUUAUUGGAGCAAUAGAAAAUGCUUUUAAAGAAAUGGACAUGCAAAUUGAACGAGAGAGAGCCACGUACAAUAUCUCGGGCGGCUGCACUUCCUUGGCCGUGGUAUUUCUAAUGGGAAAGUUCUAUGUAGCAAAUGCUGGGGACAGCAGGGCCAUUAUUGUUCGAAAUGGUGAAGUCAUUCCAAUGUCUUCGGAGUUCACACCAGAGACUGAACGACAGAGACUUCAAUACUUGGCUUGUUUGCAGCCACAUUUGUUGGGGAAUGAAUUCACUCACUUAGAGUUUUCCAGAAGAGUGCAGCGCAAAGAGCUUGGGAAGAAAAUGCUCUUCCGCGACUUUAACAUGACUGGCUGGGCAUACAAAAUCAUAGAAGAAGAUGACCUAAAAUUUCCCCUUGUAUAUGGGGAGGGAAAGAAGGCACGUGUGAUGGCAACCAUAGGUGUCACUCGAGGACUUGGAGAUCAUGAUCUGAAGGUUCACGAUUCUAAUAUCCAUAUAAAGCCCUUUCUCUCAUGCACUCCUGAGGUACGAGUUUAUGACAUCGCAGAACACGAUCAUGACGCAAAUGACGUGCUGGUUCUAGCCACGGAUGGACUGUGGGACGUCCUGUCAAAUAAAGAAGUGGCUGAAGCCAUAACAAGCUUUCUCUCCAACUGUGAUCCUGACGAUCCACGCAGGUACACACAGGCAGCCCAGGACCUGGUGAUGAAAGCCAGAGGAGUUUUGAAAGACCGAGGAUGGAGGAUAUCAAAUGACAGGCUUGGCUCAGGUGAUGACAUCUCCAUGUACAUCAUUCCUCUCCUGCAUGGAACUAAGUUGACAUGAUAAUGACUGCAUCAUGCCAAGUUGGCUUACCGGGUAUUUGUUGCUGGCCCCAUAACUAUACUGAAGGGAGGAAGAUUUCCUUUGUUUUGUUGCUUGUAGCAAAGAUCAUUAAUGCCAUUUCACUACAAGUAAGAAAAAUGAGGAAAUCUUUCCCCUGUGGUGACCAGACAAUGAGAGGCAGAGACUUGAUGAUGCAAACAAGUCUUAUGAAAAGAAAGGGAGUUUAAUAAAACGUAUAUUGGCAGAUUUCACUUUCGGUUCAAGUUUCACAAUCCUUAAAUUCUACUUUUGUUGUUAUAGUUGAUGUAAUUUUUUUCCCUGCAAUCAAAUAAAUAUAUCCUGUAUAAAUCAAAAAGGAUGUAUAUUUAUCAAAAACUUGAAAGUCUUUAAAUAUUAAGUCUUUGCGUUAUAACUUAUAAAGUAUCAAAAUUUUGAUGUAUAUUUUCCGAGUGCUGUAAUGCUAGUGGGGGAGGGAAAAUUCUUUGUGCUGUGUUUUAGAGUUCUUCAUAUAAUCAACAUGGCAGUCUUCUAGCAGAAUUAUGCUGUAAUAAUGUAGUAAAUAUUGUUUCAAUUUUUUAUGGCACUGUUUAAAGAUGAAGUCCGUUGGUCACUACAGUUCAUUUAUAAAUGAUACAAGGCACCAACUGUUGUAUAUACUGGCAACUGCAGGGCAAGAUAAGCGAAACUACUGGUUAUUUUUGUAAAAUGAUUUUCUUCGGCUAUUGACAUUGGCCAAGAUUACCUUCAGGCUUUCAUUAGUUUGUCUCUUUGUCAUGUACAACAUUAUACCGCACUCAAUUUGAAGAAUGAUUUCACUGCACCAUUCUGUCUUUGGUUCUUUCAUUGAUCCUAUAUGCUUGGCAAGUGUCAAAAUACUGCCAAAAUCACACACCACCCAGGCCAGUCUCUCUCAGAAGCAGGAUUAAUAGACAAAAGUAUUCUUACGAGAGUGAUAUUCAUCUCAUUGAAGUAUUUGAAGUUUGAUCUGUGCAACACUGAAAUAUUUCAUAGGUGCCAAGAAAAAACUGUUAAAAGAUUUUUUUUUAAUGUUUAAUUCAUUUCUGUGAGACUGAAAUGUGAAACAUAUUUUUAUUCCAAAGCAAUGUUACAUUUAGGCACUUUUGAAGUUUUAUUUCACUGUUUGGAGUGUUAAAAGUACUGUAAAAGAAGGCUGGAUUGAAGAUGUGAAUAACUGAUGUAGUGUUGUAUUUGACUGUUCAUGAAGGUGAUUUGUAUAGAGAAAGUAAUGUUGCAUUGUACAAUAAUUAAAUUUGCUUAAUGUUUAAACAGUU